AUGGAGUGGCAGACCGCCAGCAAAUCCGAGACCCCUGAGCAGCAGCAGUAUGAGAAGGAAAUACUCCAUGCACAUUACCCCAAAGAGCGCGUCGAGCAUGAUGUUCGACACCUAGCCGAUCAUGUCGAGCCCAACAAGGAUGAAGCGACUGGCAACACGUCAGACCAUGGCUCCCGUUCUCGUAUCAGCGACAAGUUCAAGUCCUUCUGGGAUAAUACUGUUGUUCCAGCAUUCCCAGAGGCUAUAGGCGACGUCUCAAUUAUCAAGUCUGCUCUGAAGGUCGAAGCCAUGAUCACGAAAGAUCUUAGGGACGCGACCAAACAUCCAGAGGUCGAGAAAGUGGGGUCCGUGAGAAGAGGCUUCGAGCUGUCGCCGGAAGAAAUGACAUUUCGUGAAUCCAGAAAGCACAAAGCCAGAGAUGCAUUCUGUCGAUACAUUGAGCUUGACCCGUCGGAGGUGCACGUCGACGAUGUACCCGUCGUUGCAUUUGGUGGCUCGGGGGGAGGGUACAGAGCAAUGCUGGGUAUGCUGGGGUACUGCCAAGGCAUGAAGCAGUCGGGCCUGUGGGAUCUACUAACCUACGUGAGUGGUGUCAGUGGUAGUUGCUGGAGCCUAGCUGCAUACUACACUUGGGCAGAUGCCAGUAUGGAAAGGGUGAUCGACCAUUGCAAGAGCAGACUGAGUCCAUACCACCCUCUGUCGCCGGAAGCCAUCAGAAACGUCUUGCAUUCGCCUGGAGGCCCAACGAAAACCCUCGGCCCAAUCGUACAGAAACAUCGCUCUGGCCUACAUACAGUGGCAAUGGAUCUCUACUCAGUAUUUACUACUGGUCACCUGUUUUUGCCAAAUGAUCCAAGUAUGAACCCUGCGGGAAUGCAUACGAAGAAAGAGGUGGCAGGCUAUCAUGACCAAUGGUACAAGUGGACGUCAGCUAAGAGAUAUAUCGAAGAUGGAAGUGAGCCUCUGCCGAUUCUGACGGCCAUCCGGCACGAGAGGCCAUGGAAAGACUGGGUAGAUAAGGAACACCCAUUCAGGGAUGCAGACCCGCACACAAAAGAGCAAGAGGAGGCCGAAGAUGCAUGGUUCAACUGGUUCGAGAUUUCACCCAUCGAAGUUGGAUGUGACGAACUCGAGGCUUUCGUGCCGACCUGGGCAUUUGGCAGACCUUUCGAGCACGGCCAAGAUGUCAUGCACCUUCCUGAACAGUCUCUUGCAUUGCUGCUUGGGCUGUGUACGAGUGCGCCUGCGGGACCGUUGACAUCCUACCUUGCCACCAUAAAGAGAAUGCUCCCUCCCACCUUCAUAGGCAAUUCCAUCCGGGACAUGGCUAAGGGCGUUUCCAGGUUGUGGGGACCAAAGGGGACUGAAGAGUUCCAAGCACAUCAUCCUCUCCAUGCCGUCAAUGAACACAAUUUCAUGUACCACUUGACGAAUUCCAACGACAGCAACCAAGCGUCACCGCCAAUUGAGAACUCGCCGCGUAUUCACUUGAUUGACUCUGGCAUGGACAACAAUUGUCCCACAUACGUCAUGUUACACCCUCGUCGAUACAUCGAUGUGGUGAUAAACAUGGACGCAUCAAGUGAUGUGUUGAAAGACAGUUUCCAGGAGCGCGUGGACCAGAUCGCCAGCCGUAGGAGCUUGAAAUUCACCAAAAGACAUCCAGAGCUGAAACAGGACCCGAACCGCAGCAAGCCAGACCAGUUCAAAGGCUUAUAUGCGCAGAUCUUCGAUGGCAAGGUCCUUCUCGACAGACCAAAGGAGGUCGUCGACUCAUACGGUCAUACGGUCACAAAUCCUCCUGCGCCUCCAUGCCUCCACGAGUCGACCAUGAUAUAUAUGCCGCUUCUGCCGAAUGAUGGCGCCGUGCAAGACUUCGAUCCUUCGACUGCUAAAUUUUCUGGAUCGUACAAUCUUGUUUGGACUCCUGAGCAGGUCGAGAUGCUUAUCAAGGUCUGCCUAGCAAACUUCGCGGCCAGUGAAGAUACCAUCAAGACCGUUCUGCGGGAAGCCUGGCUGAAGAAGAGGACCCAAAGAGAGGAAAACUGA